AACCAUUAUAGAAUCAAGCUUUGAAGCGCCUAAUCUGAAACCUGCUGUCCCAUAGCUGAAAUUUGGGUUUUGAGGGGGCGGGAAUUUGUUGAAAACGGAUUCCAAUGCUUGGGACGGAAAGGCAGACAUUAUUUGUGGUGUAUAAUGCAGGGCCUUGAUCAAAUGGAGCAGAACGGAGAAGAAAUGGCCCGAAGGGACCCACAUGGGGAUAGAAAAACAAGAGCUACAGCCCCAACGGGAAGGUCAUGUUUCUUUAUAAAAAAGUGUAAACGAGGGUGAUCCGAACAUGUGUGGGGGAUACUUCAACAUGACGAAAACGAAAAUGUUACAUUAGGAAUGCGUGGUAUGCAGAACAGGAUCUUCUUCCCGCCAUUUCAGCUUUUGCUCUAAAAGGGGAGACAGAGCACAGCAUUAAGACAAGGAUGGCUCCUGCACUACCCGUAUACACACGAGAAGAGAUCGAGAACAUGUACCCCAAACUGAACGGCGGCGAUAGGAGUGAUAGCAGUGGCGGGGCGAUGAAGAGAGGAGAGAUUCCCAGCGGUUGCGAGCUCUAUGAGCUGCUGCAGAACCAGUGCACUUACGACGGGAACAAAGUUUACUGUCUACCGUUCAAGAGGAUGUUUCUCCGAUGUCUGGAAAACAAGGAGAAGGAGGUGAUUGGGUAUAAGUUGACGCCGCUACACAGGAGCACGACGAGUCGGUUCGACAUAGACGGCAGUAAAGGCACCAAGGUGCAUCGGAACAUCGAGAUCACCUGCGAGGAAGACAACCGGUAUGCGUACGACGACGGGGUGAAGGAGUUUCUGAGGGCGGACCGGAUUCUGAGGGAGAAGAUACAGCAGUACUACGGCAAGAUGGGGUGACCUGAGCGGGCAAGGCCAGGCCGGCGGGUAUGUAGAAUAGAAGUACUUAGAAAGAGACGA